AUGUCCAUCCCACAAACGACCCGCGAGUACCGUCUCCCGAAGGCCGACGGCUUCCACAACCUUACCCUCACCUCCUCGCCCAUCCCCGCGCUCAAAGCGACCGAGGUCCUCGUCAAAGUGCACGCCGUCUCGCUCCAGUACCGCGACCUCGUCGUCGCCAAAGGCACGUACCCGCUCGGGCAGAAGGACAACCUCGUACCCGGCUCAGACCUCGCGGGCGAGGUCGUCGCGGUGGGGGCGGAGGCCGCGGGGUGGGCCGUUGGGGACCGCGUCGCGUCCAACUUCGCGACGGACCACAUCUUCGGGGAGGCGACGGCGGAGACGAAGGAGACCGGGCUGGGGGCGCCGAUUGACGGUGUGCUCACGGAGUACAAGGUGUUGCCCGCGCACGCGCUCGUGCGCAUCCCGGAGCACUUGAGCUACGAGGAGGCGUCGACUCUUCCAUGCGCGGCGGUGACUGCGUACAACGCGCUGCUCGGGCCGAACCCGCUCAAGGGUGGCGACGUCGUGCUCGUCCAGGGCACUGGCGGCGUGUCUAUCUUCGGCCUGCAGCUCGCGGUUGCUUCAGGCGCGACUGUGAUCGUGACAUCUUCGUCGGACGAGAAGCUGAAGAUCGCGAAGUCGCUGGGCGCGACACACAUUAUCAACUACAAGACGACGCCGAACUGGGACGAGGAGGCCCUCAAGAUCACGAACGGCAGGGGCGUCGACCACAUCCUCGAAGUCGGCGGACCGGGAACGAUCAUCAAGUCCGCGAACGCCAUCCGCUACGGCGGCACGAUCAGCAUCAUUGGCUUCAUUGCAGGGCAAGCCGACGUGAGCACACUCCCACUGAAGAUCCUCGGCAAGGCGGCCGUCGUCCGCGGGAUCCUCGUCGGCUCGCGCACACAGUUCGAGGACAUGAACAGAUUGAUCACCGCGGUGCAGCUGAAGCCGGUUGUCGACAAGGUGUUUGCGUUCGAGGAGCUGCGUAAGGCGUACGAGUACCAGGAGAGCCAGCAGCACGUCGGCAAGGUUGUCGUCAAGGUUUCGAGAGACUGA